AAGUGAGGUCUAUUGGUAAUAGCCCUAAUUUCCUCAACUUUCUUCUUAAUCUCACUUUAGUUACUCUCUACCUUCCACAGCCGCAUCAUGGCCGAUUCAGCCACCGCGUCUUCCCCCCUCAAAGUCAUCGCCGGAGCUGAUUCUUUCGGCGCCGAGCUAAAAGACGCCAUGGUAUCCCACCUCCGCUCCCUCAACAUAGAAGUCGAAGAUCUCGGAAUCACCUCCUACUACAACAUCGGUGCUGAAGUCGGCCGUCGAGUCUCUUCCGCCACCACCUCCCCCUCCGUGGAGACCCGUGGCCUCCUUGCUUGCGGAACGGGCGUCGGAGUCGGGAUCUUCGCCAACAAAUUCCCCGGCGUAUUCGCCAGCACAUGUCUCACUCCAGACGAAGCUCGCAACAAUCGCUCCAUCAAUAACUGCAACGUCCUGGCACUCUCCGGCAUGUCAACGUCCGCCGAUACCGCUAAGGAAAUCGUCGACACUUGGCUCAACACUCCUUUUAAAGCGCCGUGUCCGGCCUCUAAGUCCCAGCCUUGGCCCGAGGAAAUCUCAAAUUUUUUCGAUGAAUCGAUGAAUGAAAUGCCUAAAAUCGGUGCUUCUGAGAACACCCAAGCUGAAACUUGUGCUGUUUGUUGCUUGGUUAAGAACAGAGAACUGAAUCCAAUCGAUAUAAUCCCUGGUGGGUCAAUGAAGAUAUUGAGAGAAAGUCCCACAUCGGCUAUUAUUAAAUUUAAGGCUGGGAGUGUAGAACCAGCCCAUCACCAUACUUUCGGGCAUUGCUUGCUGGUGAUGAAAGGGAAAAAAAGUGUUUGGAAUUUGAGUAAAAAGGAAAGAUAUGAUUUGGGUGAUGGGGACUACUUGUUUACUCCAGCUGGGGAUGUUCAUAGGGUGAAAUACUACGAAGAUACUGAGUUUUUCCUCAAAUGGGAUGGGAAGUGGGAUAUCUUCUUUGAUGAAGAUCUUGAAACUGCUAAAAUUGCCAUUGAGAAGGAAUUGGCUAAUGGCUCUGCUUGAAAGAAUAUUUUGACGUAUGCAAUCUCUGUCAUGUAUCUCAUAGUGUGUAUGUGUCUUGUGUAAAAGAUGUGAUUUCUGUUGUUGUGUGUGAUAACUGAGCUUGUGUUUCAGUAAUAAAGUUGAUGGUAUUAAAUUACAAUUACAUAAA